AUGAGCGAAUACCAAUACUUAAAUUCGGAAAUUCAAGUACCGAAAGAAUGGCCGGUGGAUAUUGCACGACCGUUGUUUGAAUAUUUCGUUAAGAAUGCGACCAUCUGCUAUCGAAAAGGUCAGCGAGUAGUCGUUACCGUAGAAAACAUCUCGGCAGCAGUUACCAAAUUUGAAAACAAGCCGGGAUAUCUUUUAGAAAAGACAGAAGACAUAAACGAUGAAAGGACUUUCAGAAUGGAUCUUAUUUUUCCGGCGAAAGUUGUGAUGCUGACGCCUAAAUCUGACGGAGUUAAUCGAAAAGAAGAAGAGUCAGUGCAAUGUCUACCGAUGAUUUUAAAAUCUAAUCACGUAAUUUCGUCCAUGCUUGUAAUGAAUCCUAAAUUUCACAAAAUUAUGACGGUCGAACCAGACAUCGAAAAGAUUUUAAAGCUUAAAGGCAUCACAGGUCCCGAAAAAUACAAUUAUGGUGUUGAAACAACGUACACAAUUCGAAUGAUCAAGUAUCUUGAAGAUAACGUAACUGAAAUCGAACCGACUCCGUCUACGUCAGCAGAUCCGUCUACGUCAGCAGGACCAUCUACGUCAGCAGGACCGUCUACGUCAGCAGGACCGUCUACGUCAGCAGGACCGUCUACGUCGGCAGGACCAUCUACGUCAGCAGGACCGUCUACGUCAGCAGGACCGUCUACGUCGGCAGGACCAUCUACGUCAGCAGGACCGUCUACGUCAGCAGGACCGUCUACGUCGGCAGGACCGUCUACGUCUCAGGAGCAAGCUACGGACUAUGACUGGAAUAUUGUGACUUACGAUAAACUGUCACCGCCCAAGUAA